AUGCAGCACAACAUAUUCAAUAUUUUCAUCUUGUCAUUAUUUUUAAGUGCCACUGCCUUGGCAGCACCAUUAAAAAGAUUCUAUCAACCUUCUUCUCCAGUGUUUUCAUUGAUUGCAGUUCAUAACGGAGCACAAUUCCAAUACAAUUUGGUCAAGUUUGAUGGACAUGAACUCUUACUUGGAGCUGAUGACAAGGCCUUUUUCGGCCGUAUUAGAGCAAAUGGAGGAUACAUUUUAAACAUUCCAAAGGCAAAUGCUUCAGCAAAUGCCACUGAUUCUCCAUCUUCUGACAGUGUUUAUGUUGAUAAAUUCAAUAGACUUGUUUCCACCUCAGCUCCAUCAAAUGCUUCGCAACAUUUUGGGAUUGAAAAAUCUCUUUUAUCAUACCAAAAUUCCACCAAAUUCUUGGCUUGUCCUGAAGUUGGGUACCGAGGAGAGUAUGGAGUUUAUUUCCAAGGUGAAAACAAAAACUCAACUCUGAUUUGUCCACGUAACUCUACCGGGUACGAGAUCACUUUGUUGGUUCAAGUCGACGCUACUGUCAAUUACACACCUGAAACAAACAAAAAUACCCUUGGUGGUACUCUCAAGAGACUUCUUUCAAGAAAAUAA